CAAAACUCCGGGAUAGUUUCCGGCUGGUCGGCCAACAACAUAAAGUCACACAGUAUUUGGAAGUGGGGGCAUGUGUGACGUCAGAGCUGCCUUCAUCUCCCUCGAUGUCCAAGACUCCCCAUGGAUGACCUGACCCGAGCCCUCUCGGCCAGCUUCGCUGUGUCCAAGGAGCCCAACAGUACGGCCGCCCCGCACCCUCGUCUGUCCCAGUACAAGCGCAAGUACAGCGUGUUGGAGCAAAGUGAGCGGCGCCGGCGCUUCCUUGAACUGCAGAAAAUCAAAAGAUUAAACUACGUCAAUCAUGUGCGGCGACUGGCCAACGGCGACUGGGCGGGCUCGGACAGCGAUGGGGAGCAGGACAUGGAGAACCAGCAGCAGGAGAAGGAGGGGAAAGGCGAGCAAGAUGUCAAAGCAGAUGAAGAGGAGAUGGAGAUUGAGAGACGAAAGCUGCCAAAGCAUUACGCUAACCAGCUGAUGCUGUCAGAGUGGCUGGUGGAUGUCCCGGCAGAGCUGGACUCUGAUUGGCUGAUGGUGGUCUGUCCCGUGGGGAAAAGAUCCCUCAUCGUUGCCUCCAAGGGUUCCACUGCGGCGUACACGAAAAGCGGCUACUGUGUGAACCGCUUCCCCUCCCUGCUGCCUGGUGGGAACCGCCACAACUCGGCCAUGGGAAAAGAUUACACCAUCCUGGACUGUAUUUACAGCGAGGUGGACAGGACCUUCUACAUGCUGGACGUCAUGUGCUGGAGAGGCCACCCGGUCUACGACUGCCCGACCGAUUUCCGCUUCUACUGGCUGCAGUCCAAAGUCCAGGAGACGGAGGGCCUGUCGGAGAUCGCCAAACGGAACCCUUUCCGCUUCGUGAGCCUCCACAGCACAGACUGCACGGCUUCAUCCAUCCAGAAAGCUUUGGCGGCCGACUACAGCUUCAGCGUGGACGGUCUUCUCUUCUACCACCGCCAGACUCACUACACCCCUGGCAGCACGCCGCUGGUGGGCUGGCUCCGCCCCUACAUGGUCGGCGACAUCCUGGGCAUAGAGGUCCCCGGCGGGCCGCUCACCGCCAAGCCGGAGUACGCCGGCCACCAGCUCCAGCAGAUCCUGGAGCACAAGAAAACCUCCAGCCAGGUGCGGCCGGCCAGUCGAGGCGGGGGCUACGAGCUGGAGCACCUGUCCACGCCCGACCGGGAACACGACCACGCCCCCGACUGCUUCAACCACAAACCCAUCCAGGAGGCGCAGAUGGAGAACUGAGAGGCGACACGUGCUAGUGAUGAUUUUAACCAGGCAUCACCCAGGACAGCCUUUGAGUGCAUCAUCAUGUUUAUAUAAAAAAAAGACAUUUAGUCAUGUACAACAUAUUUGCAUUAUAGAAUAUUAAAUAACUAACUUUUUCCAGCUUGUCAGCAAAAAAGAAUUCAAAGCCUGUCACAGAUUAGCACCAGAGUCACCAAUGGAGUUGGUUGUGGACUUUUACAAUUAAGUUUUUUUUUUUUUAAAUCUAGUUCUAAUAAAUGCUUUUUUAAAGGUU